AUGCUCGAUGCUGUUGUGCUUGAAUACAGCAGGAUCACGGAGGAGGCAGUUGUGGAAACAACGGAUGCCAGUUCCAGGCGCUACCGCGUGCCCAUGUCCUCGUCUUCAUGGUUCUUCAGGGUCACAGGGCCCAAGAGCGACGCUGCCGACGGAGAACGGCGGCAGCAGCCCCAGAAAAGUGAAGUGGGGAACCACAGGGGGAAGUACCUUGAUAACUUCUUCCAUUCCACACCGGUGGGCCGUUGCCUGACGAUUGAUCCCGUGGACGAGACGAACGCGGGAGUCGCUGGCGACAAAGAAGGCUCCAAGUUGCCCUUGGCGCGCAUGGUGCACCUCCAUGAGUCUGGUUUGCUGACCUCCAAGAGCAUGUUGCCAGGCAUCAUCACGCGCGUCUCAGGCCGUUUCGUGUUUAUUUCUUGCUCGUUUCUUCCCUAUGAGGCGGUGGCAACCCGGGACAUGUUUUCAACGGGAGGUUUCCUGCUUGACGUCACCUCUGCAACGCCUACUCCAUCGCAGGAGCGGGAGGAGCCGCCGCGUCCCGUCUGCGAGGAGGAGGAGUGGGUGGGACGAUCUGUGCAUUUUGCACUGUGCCCAAUGAGUUUUCUCGUCAUGGAGGCAUUCUUCACCCGCAACGAGGGGCUGCAGGAGCGGAGGGGGGCACCUCAGACACUCGCCGCCCGCAACCUCAGCAACAGGUGGCUUCACCCAAGCGGUGUGUCGCGUCUAAUGUAUGAGCAGCGGAAGGAGGUGGGUGGGUUGGCCUCCUUACAAAGUGAAGCUACAGAUGAGCUCACCGAUGGUCUUCUGGGUGCGUGGAACAUCACUGGAGCGGAUCCGUGUAAAUUCUUUCAGCCCGAGUUGUCGCUGCAGUUUGUGCAGGGCGCCACCCUUCUCGCAGUCAAUGCCAUGCCCCCAAUUCUGCAUCAGAAGUCUGUAUUCUCCCUAAAGUUGUGGUCGUUUUGGAUGCUGGCAGGUACACGGGUCUCACUGCGCGUACUGGAUGAGGAACGAUGUGACGUCACAGAGCGUGUCUUGUGUAUUGAACGGGAGGAGACGGAGGAAGGGGCAGCCGUCACGCUUGAUCAUCUGGAGAGCAGAGAGGUCGUUUCGUUUCGGUGUCGAGUAAAGUCUUUCAGGAUGCAAGAUGUGGUGUGUGAGGUUACGUUUCUGCUCUGCGUAGAGCAAGGGGGCCAAGAAACGCAACUGGAGUCCAAGCCGGUGUUUGUACGACAGAGUCUUAAAGGUCGUGCGGGGGCUGACGUCAUGGGCACUGGUAAACCAAUUCCAAAGAAGGAUGGCCUCUCACGUAAGUUCUGGACCUCGGAUGUGUUGGGGCCCGAGGACAACAUUUCUGCGGGGUUUACGGACCCUGGGCGCAGCAAUCAACUACUCACAGAGGACUGCUACGAGGAGUUACCGUUGGUGGAGCGCGAGAUCAUUGUGGUAGACCCAGAGGACGCAAGAUUGAAAAAAAUUGCAGGGGUGGCACGGCGCUUGGUCUUGGGUAUUGUUGACACAGUUGUGUGCGCCCAGGUGUUGGCGUGCUUGGUGGCCAGCGCAUACGGUGGCGAGAGCGGUGGGAUACAUGCGGAGGACGAACUCCUCGCCCUGCGGCUGCAAAGUGGUCCGAGUAAGCGGCGCCGUGGAAAGCCAACGUCGAAUCAAGGGGCCAACGUUGUGCGCCUGGGGGAUGUGCGCAACGGGGUGUGCCGGCACCGGGCGUUGCUCUUCAAAUACCUCUGUGAUGUGGUGCAGCUUCCCUGCUACCUGGUGCGUGGUGAGCAUCAAGGGCCGGAUGACGCCCUCGCGGAGCGUCACUCCUGGAAUAUUGUCCCACUUGAAGGCAGUCGUCAUGUGCUUGUCGAUGCAACACUGAGUCCGCACAAGUUGGAGAUGUGGCCGGCGACUGGCUACAAGUGUGCCCCAGUGAGGUUGAGCUCCGACUGGUCGCAUUGUCACUGUAUGAUUCUGCACCGCUCCGCCGCCAAGAUACAUCUCUUGGAGGAAUGUGGUCGUGGCGUCACGGCUGUGGUGCGGCGUGGGGUGUUGGCUGGGGGCCUCACGUGUGCCGUAAAGGUGCCACGAACAAGCCUCGAUUUAGAUAGCCUUAUCUACGAGUACAGGGUGUUGAGGAAGUUUCGUCUCUCCUUGCAUGUGGUGCGGUGCCUGGGAUGGAGUGGUGGAAUCGUGAUGGAGUAUUUUCCUACUAACCUACUGAGCUUCAUAAAUCAUCUUAUCAUUCGUGAAACCCGCAUGAGCCUUUCGCAGCAAAAAGAGGUUCUUAUCGGCCUAUUGUCGGCCUUAAAAGAGGUCCAUGCCUGUGGCUAUGUGCACAGGGACAUUAAAGCUGAAAAUGUGCUUUUAUUGGUCAUUCGCUGCAGUGCUUGCCAUUCCAUUGGAACUGUGUGUCACUUGUGUGACGUUCGAGUGAAGUUGGGGGACUUUGCAGACAGUGUCGCCGUGAAUUCAAGCACGCAGCUCCACAAGGCAUCUCCACGUGUUGGCACCCCGCCAUACGCGGCACCUGAAAUUGACUCCGAGGCUCCAUUUUCCUUCGCGGCAGAUAUUUGGUCGUGUGGCAUACUUGCGAUUGAGAUGGCGUCGAUGCAGCUGCCAGAAACAGCCGUGCCGGCGGGCUGCGUAACGGCGAGGAAUGAAAAAGGUAUGAACUGCAGAAGUAACGACGAGAUUGGCGGCCAAGAUGGUGGCGGUGAGACCUGCGAGGUGGUAUCCACCGUCACGGACGAGGGAAAAAUGGUUGGGCCCCUGCGUUUGCCCCGCCUGCCGCAGAACCCGCCGCCUCCGAGGUGGCAGCAAGAGUUUGUUGCGGGAGCGCUGCAAGUGAACUGGAGGCAACGGCGUCAUGCCGGGGCGUUGUUGGACAUUUUACAAGCUUCGUCGUGCUAA